AGGUCUGGCUUAGAGACGUCUGCCUAUAGAAAUGAAAUUAGUUCUGGGAAAAGGAACCUGAUGAUAGAUGGAGAGGGGGAGGGGAAAGUGUUGGUUUCCUUCCUCUAAAUUCAUUCUAAAAACCUCAGUUAGUUCACAUCCUGUCCUUGGGCAACAGUAAGCAAUUCAGUUGUUUUGGUCUGUUUCAUCUCAGGAGAAUGGAGCUGUUGCUACUGCCACUUUUUCUGCUUCUGGUUUCUGCUGACAGGAAAGCAGCAAGUCUCUCAAAGGCAAUAGUGACCCUUCACCCACCAUGGUUCAGUGUACUCACGAAGGACCUUGUAACUCUAAGAUGUAACGGGUCUGGCACGCCUGGAUACAACUCCACCCGUUGGCUCCACAAUGGCGCUAUUAUUCCAGUCCAAAGCCAGGACUACAACAUCAGAGCUGACACUACCAAGUACAGUGGGAAGUACCAAUGCCAAACAGACCAGUCUGCCCUCAGUGAUCCUGUGAGGUUAGAAGUUUUUGAAGACUGGCUGCUACUCCAGACCUUGAAAUUAUUCUAUAUGGAAGGUGAGCCCAUGGUGCUGAAGUGCCACAGCUGGGAAAAUAAAGACAUAUCUAAAGUCACUUUCUACCAAAAUGGUGUAGGAAGGAAGUUUUCGCCACGUAAUUCCAGCUUUUCCAUCAAUCACGUGAACCAUAAUGACUCUGGAGAUUAUUUUUGUUCUGCAUCCAUAGGAAAUAGGAAGCAGAAUUCAGCAGUGGUGAGAAUUACUGUCCAAGGUCCAAACUCAUCCACUUCUAAAAUAUGGUACCAUAUCCCUUUCUACUUUGUGAUGGGAAUUCUGUUUUCAUUGGACACUGGUCUGUACUUCACACUUAAAAGAGAGAAGAGAAGGAUUCCUGCAACCAAAUGGCAAAGAAGAUAAAAGAUUCAUCAGCCUGUGGAAAGAUUAAGGUUUGGGUGUGACAGCAACCAGUUCAUCUGUCCACAUCCUCAUCUCCUAAUUCUUAAUGUGCUUCUGAGGGCAGCAGAGAGACACUGUGGUCAACCCUGGGCUGAGGAUUCUUCCUUAACCUGCCCCAUCAUUUCUCUUUGUCCUCAGAGGAUGGAAGUGUCUGUUAGAUCCAGACAAAAUUAGUCAGCUGUAGCCAGCACCACUCUCAUUGCUGAGUUCCUAAUUGCUCAGGGCUCAUGACUCAGAGAUGCACAGUAAUCUAAACACAGAAGAAGACAGCAAACAUAUGAAAUAAUUUUACUAUUUUAUUAAAUAAGCAAAUUUAAGACUUUGACUGCAUCUAUCUACUAUAUGGGUGGUUUUGAAGGUGGUACUAUAUAUCUGUCUAGGAAGAUUGUUGAUUCUGGGAACUUGAGGAAAGAUGAAAGAUAAAAGAAUUAUGGAAAGAAAGGCAGAAAUAACAGACCAUACCAAGGGUUCCUGCGAGUAUUCCAAGACUCAGAGAAGAGGAUUCCUCAUCCAUCAGAAAAAAAGAGCAUAUCCAUACUUUCUCCCCUAAGUGGAGAGGAGGGAGACUACAAGGACAGAAUGUGUAUACAUGUCAGACAAGGUGUCCUCAUGAGAUAUUUUUAUUUGAUUACUUUUCUUUGUCAUAAGAGAGGACAAUGAUUACUACAUCAAGACAAAAUAUAGCAAUAAAAAAUUGUAAGUUAAAUCAAACAACUAUAAAAUAAAAAUAAUUUUAU